AUGGUGGGAUGGGAGGACGGCACGCCGCCACCAGAGGGAUUCGGUGCGCGAGCCCGCCCGCGCGGCGAAUUCUUUUGGGCUGCGCUGCUCCAAGCGCCGCGCUCGCCCAUGCUAGCGCGCGGCGCCAAAAGCCUCAGGGCCUCGUCGCUGCGGCCGGCGGGGCUUCGGUUGGCGUCGGGCGUCCCGGCCCGCACGCCCGAGCAGACCGAGCACCUCGAGAAGCUCGCCGAGGAGCACAACGGCUUCCUGUUCGGCGAAGUGCCACCACCUCCCGGCGAGAAGAGGAAGAAGGAGGACUGGGAGUACUACUACCCGCCCCUGAUGACGUCUGCGCUGGCCCUGUUCCUCUUCACGUGGCUCAACCAGCCGCUCUCUAGCGUCGAGGACGAGGCCAUGGAGGAGGCCAAGCGUCGCAUGGGCUUCGAGCCGGAUGUGCAUUUCAAGCAGUAG